UCAAACCGCCCGCCUACACCCCUGUAGACCCUCUGCAUCCUUGCAAUGCGUGCGAGCACCCAGCAGCAGCGCUGCGUCGCUAUUGUCGACCCCAUCUCGACCGGAGCCUGUGUGGCCGUGGAGGCGACCAAGCGCGGCUACGCCGUGGUCGCAGUCUGGUCGGCCGUGGUCACAAAAGACCUGCGCAACAUGGUGCCGGAGCAUGCAAAGGGUCUCCGAUACCAUGCCCAGGUGGACGAGGGAGAGUCGAUCGAGGCGACGACACAGCUGCUCCGCAAGGCCGCGGCGCCGCACAAGGUCGACGCUGUCAUUUGCGGCGCAGAGACGGGCGUCGAGCUCGCCGACCGGCUGUCGCAGCGGAGCGGGCUGGCAAGCAACGGCACCGAGCUGGGCAACCGGCGGGACAAACACACGCAGCAGCAGGCGGUACGCGAAGCCGGCAUGCGCGCCGUGCGCGAGACGCUCGGCACCGAGUGGCAGACGGUCGCUGGCUGGGUCGCCUCGGAGCUCGAGGCAAACGGCAAGGUCGUCCUCAAGCCAGUCGAGAGCGCGGGCUCGGACGGCGUCAAGCUGUGCGCCUCGCUGGAGGAGUCAAAGGCGCACUUCGAGACCCUCAUGGGCGCGCAGCGCCGCGUCGGCGCGCAGGGCGGCGCCGUGCUGUGCCAGGAGUUCCUCGUCGGCCCCGAGUACGUCGUCGACACCGUCACCUCGGCGGGCGAGCACAAGGUGACGGCGGUGUGGAAGUACGACAAGCGGCCUUGCAACGGCGCGGCCUUUGUCUACUUUGGGAUGCUUCCGGUGCCGCCGAGCGAGGCGGUGGCGCAGCGGCUGAUCGGAUACGUGCUGCCCGUGCUGGACGCGCUGCAGAUCCGGUACGGCGCGACGCACGGCGAGGUCAUCCUGACCAAGGACGGACCGUGCCUCGUCGAGAUGAACUGCCGGCCGCACGGUGGCGACGGCAACUGGCUGCCGAUGGCGCGUGCUCUCACGGGCGGCUACUCGCAGGUGGAUGCGCUCCUCGACGCUUUUGUUGAGCCGCAGCGCUUCGCCGCGCUGCCGCCUUGCCCCGGGACGUGGCAGGCGGCCGCGCAGGAGUUCCUCGUGGUGAGCACGCAGGAGGGCAAGGUGGCAAGCGCGCCGGGCUACGAGCUCGCGCGCAGCCUCCGCUCGUUCGUCUCGCUCGAGGCGUUUGUCAGCGUGGGCGAUCAGCUCGCUCGCACGGUUGACGUCUUCACGCAGGCGGCCUCCAUCGUCCUGGUCCACGCCGACGCCGCGGUGGUCACGGAGGACGCCGCCGCGCUGCGCAGGCUCGAGCAGAGCGGCGACUUCUUCACACUGGCGGUCGAGUACCCGUACCAGACGCGCGAGUCGCUCCUGGCGAGCGCGGUGGGCACGCCGACCGCCACCCGCGUCCCCCUCCCGGCUUCCGCCUCCGCCACCGGCUCGGUGCACUCCCUCAGCAGCGGGGGGCACAGCGCCUCCUUUGUCAUCGACACGACCCCCUCCUCGCCGACGCUGCGCCGACCCGAGAGGCGCCCGCCGCGCGUGGUGAGGCCCGCGCUGCGGCCGUCGGGCCUCUCGGUCCCCUUUGUCGGCACAGCGGGCCGCCUCGCCCGCAUGGCCCGGGUGGGCGCUUGAGGCAUGGGGUGGCACAAGAGUCCACAGCGCUGGAGACCCCCCCGGAUCGCCGCCGAGGGGCUUGUGCAUAUGUGCGGGGUGCAACCCUGGUGCAACCAUCGCGGCACACUGCUUUACUCGACUGCAUACUGCGGAGCGGGGGUCGGUGGGUAUGAGCGGGUGACUGCUCGUCUCUCUGGUCUCCGCCCUCCCCGCUCCCCCCCGGAGGUGUGCCGCGGCGCGCCCGGAUCAGGAACGCGAUUUAAUAAAUAAAAACGGACACCUCUACUAGGA